AUGAAGGCCAUCCUCUCCUCUGUUCUCGGCAUAGGCUGUGUUGCACAUGUUGCCAAUGCGAGUAUCGUGGCCCUGGACAAUCCCAAUUUAUUCCCGUUUGUUUUUAACGGAGUCGCUGUCUUCAAUUAUCCAGAUUGGAACACCCAGCACCCCCGCGAUCGCACCCUGGAAGGCGAGAACUUCUUUUGCUAUGCUACUGAGAAAGGCUACCUGAGCUUCGGCUGGUGGUUAGCUGCCUCCCCAGAGACCGACUACUCGCAUUGUCGCGCCGAUUCGCUUGACUAUGUCUGGUACGAGUACUCCGAGAAGAUCGAGUGCACUGAAAUGGGCUGCAAGGCGCAUAUACUCAACUACUGGGCUGCCAACAAUACCCUGAAAUUCGAGACAGAUUAUGUCUUCAGCGAUGCCAAUCUCGCAGAUCCGCAAUUGGGUACUCUGAGUACAUUCUACCGCGAUGAGCAGCAGGGACCGUCGGCGGUUGGCACCAGGCGCGUCCUUUCCUCCGAGGCAUCCACCGCACUGGAGUGCUGUCAAGCAUUGAAGACUUUCCGCAGGGUCAGGGAUAGACACAACCUCAAUCUAGCUUUCGAUUUCGAAGAUAUCUGUCCGCCGCGGGAGGCGGUCAAAAGCUCAUGGUGGCAGUGGGGUCAGACUUCGCUGGGUGGUGGAUGCGAUGACGAAGGUGAAGGUGAAGGGGGCUUUGGCAAUGACCUUCGUUGA